AUGGACCAGCACUUCCCAGCCCUCCCCUGGAACUCGAGUCUGGACUCUGAGGGUGAGACCACCGUCCACAGAGCCGCAAAUGACACAGAGGGCGGGGCUGGGUGGUCCCUGCACCUGCCGGUGGUCCUGCCCCUCACGGUGCUGGUGGCUCUCUGUGGGGCACUGGGCAACGCGGCCCCUACUCAGGCCUACGUGCUCCACCUGAGCGCUGCCAAUGGCCUCAGCCUCGGCUGCACGGCUCUGGUCCUCUUGGAGGAAGUCCUGGAGCUGCAUCACCAAGUGACCCUGCACGUGGCCACCGUCCUGGACCCUGUGUCCGACUUCUGCGACAUGGUGGGGCUGUGUCUCCAGGCCGCCAUGGGCACUGAGGCCUCCCUGGGGGUCCUCUCUUCUUCCUGGAGCCGCCAUCGCCCCAAGUGGACCUCGGCCGCGGUGAGCAGCCUGAGCUGGGCCCUGGGCCUCUGUCUGCACGUGGCGGACGAGGUCUGUGGCAGCUCCAGUAAGAGCCCAGCCUUCGACAGGUUCCACGAAGGCCUGGGGGCUUUUUACCUGCUCCUCUGCUUCACGAUGUGCGCAUCCAGCCUGACCCUGGCCCUCCAGUGUCCCCAGCAGUGUUCGCCCUCCAGGACCUACCUCGCCAUCCGCAGCGUGAUCGUCACCCUCCUCCUCUGGGGCCUGCCCCUGGCCAUCGGGACAUUCCUGCCUCAGUGGGAGUACCUGCCGCUGGCCUCCAACCUGCUCUUUCUCCUGUCCAGCGUGGUCAGCGCAGCUCACCCGGCCAUCUACCUCAUGGCCGGGCAUCUCCCAGGGGGCGGUGCCGGGACUCCCUGCAUGUCCUCCUGCAGGGGGCCCUGA